AUGACGGCUUUACAGAUGGACUUUGUACCAGUCACUUUGACUAAUGUCAUCUCUGAUUUGACUAGAUUAAUUUUGUAUAGCAUAUUUCAGUAAAAAAAAGAAACAUAAAUGUAAUAACAAUAUUAUUAUAGUAAUUCUAACAUGGAUAGAGAAAAUAAAACUGUACUUGAAAUGCAACAAAACUGGAAGCUGAACUGUUGAUUUCUGGAGGAAAUUUCUCUUCAUUUGAGAUGAUCCUUUGUCAUGAUAAUGUUUUUCAUGCUCAGUUUGUGUGUAAAAUUUAGUUGAAUACAGUCUUGACCAAGGAGUGAUGGUAAUGUAAUUCUUUUAGACCUGAAAUGAUUUGAUUAUCUUUACAUUUUCAAAACAAGAGUUCUAUUCAAGGGUUAGUCCAAUCUAGUCCCUCUUUAAAACUACUCAUAGUAGUUCUCCUUCUUACCAGCAGGUGGCAAUGACACGCAGGGUUAAGCCCCUCCCCUGAGAUCAUGCCGCUUUACUGCUCCCUUUGAUACAUUCAGAAACUCCUCGGAAAUCUGAGAUUCAUAUCCCAGAUGUAGAACUGUAGUAGAACUGCUUAAAUCAAGAAGUAAAAACUACUUACUUUUGCUUUUUUAAUAUAUGUUGAUAUAAAACUGAUGGAUUUUUUUGCAAAGUCUUAAUUAGUUUUUAGUAACAUUAUCCAAAUACAUUGUGAAAUACUGUAAUUUUUUGUUUCCUGGCAGGAUAUUUUAAGACAGACUACUUUAAUAAUUUUAAACUCCUUAGUAUUUCCACAAAUCUGUGCAAGUGCAAGAUCUUGGAACUUCCACAACCAGUUUUAUUUAGAUCCACUUUGUCAGCUAAGUGUGUAAACAAAUGCGGGGUAUUUAAGUCAAGUUUUUAGUGUGUUGCCUACAGCAUUUGCACAUAAUCGCAAGUUUUGUUACACUUUUUACAAGAAGAUGGUCGAAACAUACAGCCCACAACAGGAACAACAAAUAAGCUCAGGAAUUAAGGGGGAAAGUAUUAUACACAUUUAUUUAUUUUUUUAUUUCAAGCCAAACAAAAUGAUAUCUUAUAUACAACAUAACAAGAAAAUCCACAAGACACCAUACAGUGAACAGGCACAAACAAAAACAACAAACACUAAUGACAACCAACACGGUCUGAAAAGGGGAUGGAAGAAGCAAAGCUUAUAUAUUUACAACCCCAGACAACACAAAAACCACAUUAAUACAACAAAAACACAAAGUCACUCUCUGAACCCCUCAUCCCCCCAAUCAUCUCAUCAGUUUACAUCAUUGCCCUCCUCCUUGUUAUAUGUAUAACCUCAACAUCUAGACUAUUCCAUACAAUGACCCCUUUGACAGAUAUACAGAUACUUUUGAGAGUCGAUCUUACACUUUGUUGUUGCAAUUUGAGUUUUCCAUAAUUUGUGCCGUUUUGAAUUUUACCAAAUCAAAAAAGAGCGUGUUAUAUUUAUCAUACAACAUGCUCACAAACGAACAAAAUGAAAUAAAUACAAAAAAAUGUACGGUUUAUGUAAGACAUGAGCAUUUAAAUUAUUAUUACGACAUUAGGAAUCUCAGUCUGAUUUUUUUUCCGACGGUACUUGAAAGCAUCAUCACUUCCUCUCUGUGUAGCCUCGCCUGCUUUCCCCUCGGUGGGACGGGGGGCCGACCGACGGAUGGACGACAGCCCAUCAGCAGAAAAAACACCAUGUGGGGAAAAAGUACAUAAAAAGGGGACACGGAGAGCAAAGUAGCGAGGGUGAGAACUUCUUCACUGGUCUCACUGCUACCGGGGUCUGCGGUGUUGAAAACGGCUCCUCGGCAGGGAGCGGAUGGACAGAGCGGGAGAGGAGCAGGACUGCAGUCUCACCAACGGUAACGGCGCGAGCUCACCGUUCGUUUACACGACCGUUUACAUUGUGUGUCUGUGCCUUUCUGUCUGUGUGUCAGCUGUGGGGGGUGAUAAGGAAGAUUUACAGGGGGAAAAUGCGAAUGUAGGGUCGUUUUUCUUGGUAGGAGACUUGGCUUACUCGUCACAGGGACGGAUAAACCGAGCACAAGCGGUAAAAAAGUUAGUUCUGUGUGUUAAAUCCUGUUUUAAAGUUGUAACUCAACGCUUUGUGUUGCAGAAUUACGAUCUAAUGUAACAUAUAUUCUCCUUUUGGUCCUUCUUCUGUGACUUUCAGUGCCUUUUAACGUAAACCGACCAUAGUAUGGACACCUGGGAAAUCCAAUUCAACCCAUCAGCUUUACCAUUAAGUUUACGUGUAUGAGGCUUCUACAUAUUUACCUUUGUGCAUAUACUUAGACAGGUGAUAAUUGAGCGUUUAAUUAAUUGGAUUACGUUGUAUUGAAAGGUGUCCCUAAUAUGUUGCUCCCCCUAUGUUUGUUAACCCUAUAACAAACAUACCGGCUGGUUUUUACCCGAAAUAAUAUAACCAAGAAAAAGUACUUGUCAUCAAAAUAUAUAAAAAUAGGACAAUACAUGACAAAUUAAAGUUGUUUUCUUUUAUUUUUAACCGUGCAAUGUCCAAAGGGAGGGGUAAAAGUACCAUAAGGGGACCAUAUGCAACAGAAUAACUGAAAUUUGGCAUUCAUGAACAAAAAAAUCCUAAUAUAUAUAUAUUUAUAUAGAAACUGUAAAGUUAGUUUCUUUUCCACUCAUUCCUGGGGCAUGUUAGUCUUCCCUGGUGAAGACUCCGGGUCCUUGGCACAAUAUGGCAUAUUUUGAGUGAGUAAAAAUGACCAGCUGGCUAAAACAUUUCUUAUCCCCAUAUGAAUUCCCUUUUAAAAUCUCAACUUUGUGAUAGUUAUUCAUAACCACUGCGCUAAAUAAAGAUAGCACGCAAAUUCCAGGACCACUCUUACUGAACUUAUUCCCUACAUGCAGCUAUCAAAUCCACCCAAACCUACUUUACCCUCUAUGUCAAAGGUGUCAAAGGCUAUGCUGAAGCUACCCGGGGACCCAUGAUACUCAGACAAAUGCAACACAAUGAAAAUCACGUACACAUGUUUGGUCGGGUGAAAAUCACAAUAGCGUUCUAGGGUUAAAUGACUCUAACAAAAUAUAAGGAACAUCUUCCAAUAUAGUACACCACCGCCCACUACUUCCUCAAUAAUGCAUGUAAAGAGCAUUUAUCAACUGUGUGAUCACCUCCAUAAAAACCGAGCUGCAGUGUGCUUCCUCAAAGUUGAGUUUAUGGUAGAGCUGGUGGGUGCAUAUUUGAUCACUAAGUGUUUUUGCAGGAUGGAGUCAAAACAAGUCUAUAAAUCAAAAUUAAUCAAAUCCUUAUGCUGAACACAUUGUCUUUAACCCUAACACCGCUCAGAGUAGGCCAUCUCACACACUACACCUACUGUCAGUCUGCUAACCUGGUAUUAAGAGAUGUGACAGUGCUGUUAUUGCUUCAGUCCUUGUUAAAAUAAGAAACACGUGGUCUACUGUUUGCUUUAUUGCCAAUACUGAUUUCCAAAGUAAAGGAUGAUUUUACAGUUGAGGAAUGUGUAAUGGUGUGUCCCUCUUUGACUUCAGUGUUUCUUCAACACAUCUGUUUGAUAUUCAGUAGCUCUAAAAUCAGGAAAAUGUGAGCAUGGGUGAUGAAGGGGAUAGGUUAUUGGGAAAUGUAGGGGGUCCAAAUGAAGCAAAGCAGCUCUUUGAUUAUUAUGAAAGCAUUUUCCAGAAGAGCCCUAAGGUGAGUAAAGUCCACAAGUCUUUAUGCUUUUACAGGUCAGUUGAUUGCAGGGGAGCAGUAGCAGCUUGGCCCUUUUAUGGCGAGGAAUGUGGAUAAAAACAUUACUUGAGAUGAGGUUAUAAAGACUAGUGCCUGGGGAGUCAUCAGGCGCCCGAGGAAUCAUCCCAGCACAGAGCUCCUGCUGAGACGAUCUAAUGCAGGGUACUGACCCUGAAAAGAUGAACAUUAUCCAGUACAAAGUGUUACCAGUGAUUCUUCCACCCUGAUUUUACAGUUUGGGUUUAGUUCGAGAAAAAUAUAGACGUCAUCAUCACUCAUGUUCAAGUAGGUGUCGGAUCAAGCUUAGAGAAAUCACAGAGCUCUUAUUGAGGGGUCCUUCAUUGUACAUUGUUUUGUUUAUAAGUUGAAGAGGAUUGUUGUACUCCAGGCUAAAUGAUGACAAUGGACAGUUGUGUUUGCCUCUGGCUUGGCACAUGAGCAUGUGUGUCUGACUGUAUUUGUGUGUGGUUUUGAGCAAUGAUACUGGGAUGAUGUAAAGUCUGAAAGUGAUAGCUGUGGUUGUACUUAACAAGCUCUGAAAAAGACUCGCUUGUUGACGGUGUCAUGUGGAAAGGAUCUGUUGUGCAAACUUGCUGAUGUUGUGUUUUUGAAGACCUAAAGUACCAAGCUCUGGUGUCAUUACAGACGUAGUGUUUGUGUUGGACAGAAGUGCUUAUGAAGCCUUUUUUUCUGCACUGCCAUUUCCUUUACUCCUGUGUGUUUGUGUGCGCAGGUGUGACCCUCAAAUGUGCGUGUGUACGUGUGUUCCUCUCCCGCUAACUCCUGUAUUUGCUUGAAAUAAAGUUAGCUUAAGCUCAAGCAGGAGCACCCUCCUGCUUCCUUACUGUAAUUGGUGCCAUCUGUUUUGGCUGUGUUAACACGCUCUCAGGAAUGUUGCGAUCUAUUAUUCACAACCUCCUGCGUUACUUUGCGGACGAGAGCAGCCAAUGUCACUCCAUGUGAGCCAAACUAGCCCGGGGAUAAGCUGUUUUUGAGUAAUGGAUUUUCAAGGCUGUCUCUGGAUUGUUACCUCAGGGUCUGGGAGCGAGAUGCUUAUUGCCUGUCUCCUAAGAAUCGGCCUUUUAUCUUUCUUGACAUCCCACUGCUUUUACUCACACUUUAUGUGCUCUUUUAGUGUCCUCUUCCUCCUCCCUGAACUCUUCCGUUUGACCUCAUUUUCAUUCGUUCCUUUCUUGACUUAUCCCCUUGACACUUCACUCAGCAGUUUACAAGAAAGUAAAAUCUUCUUGAACUUUGAAACUAAAUAGAAAUGACUGCGCUUCAUAGACUCUCUUUUUCUUUUGCUUUCCUGUUUCAUUACCUGGUUGAAUUUGACAAUGGAAGGUAUAACUAGAGGUGUCCGGAUGCGAUAUUGAUAUCAGAUAUCGGUCCAAUAUCAGCAAGCAAUCAGAAUACCGGAUACAAGCAGUCCAUUCCAGACUCCGCUCCAACACCUCUAUCUAGCAGCUCCCUGAUCCAGCAAGCCGAGCUGACAUAAUCACAACAGCAGUGUAUACUAAGGUACUAACAAAGGAGCAAGGAGUAAGAGUGAUGUCGGCCUUGUAGCAGUAUUUUUUGUGUAAGUCCGGAAAAGGCAUUGCAGCUGAGUGCAAAACUUGUCAUGCACAGUUUUGUGUCAAUAACAGAUCAAUAUCGGUAUCAGUCAACGUUGAAGGCUACAAUAUCGGUAUCGGAUCGGAAGUAAAAAAGUUGUAUCUGGACACUCCUAGGUAUAUCUGUACAAAAAUAAUCACGACUUGGCUUAUUCCUCCCUGAAUCCACAGUGAAAGUGUUUUGAUUUAUUUUCCUCUCAGGUAGAAGACACUUGUACCAUGCCGACGAAUGAUGGCCCAGGCCGCUAUCCAGGCUUUGUGGCUCCACCUCACGGCAACCCCCAGAGAUCCCCAGGUUACGUCCCCGGGCGGGUGGUUCCGGUCCGUUCACCACCACCCGCCAAAGCUCCUCCGCCUCCACCAAUAAAACCUCAUGGCCUUCGGCUGGAGCGCCAAGCAACUUUCAGCGUGUCAGAGGAGAACCAGCGUCGAGAGCGUGCCAAGAGCCUCAAGCAAAGAAAGAACACAUUUAUUUGCUUUGGUGUAUCCAUAGGGGCUUUCUUCCUCACCCUCAUCCUCGCUCUCAGUCUCUCCAGUGGAGAUGUCUUAGACGGUCAGUUUUUACGAUUACCUAUCGUUAAUUUGACUUUUGCUGCUCAUGUUUUUUUUCCCUGAUUCCAAACAAACUGGUUGUGUUUGCAGAAAACUGUCCAGAUCAUGACCUAACUCUAAGCAGCUGGAACCCAGGCCACCAACCAGAGAAGGCUGUUGUCGUCAGGAGAGGACAUUUAUAUCGAUUAGAUGCUUCUGCAACCUUUUAUUCACUGACCAUCCAGUCAGGAGGUAAGCACACUGAGGCACAGUCUUAAAGUUGUUGCAUAAGGGUUUUAUUGUUUAUAAGAUAUGCAGAGGUGAGGUUAUUCUGGACUAAGUUCAAUUUUCUGGACACUUGAGUGUUAGAUAUGAUGCAACAUGACUGAGGUUUCUCAUUGCUUCUUCGCAGGUCGGGUCGUUUUCGCUGACAGUAAAGACGGCUCCAAAAACAUCACCUUGAGAACACGUCACAUCCUUAUUGAAGCUGGUGGAGCCCUUCACAUCGGUGCUCCAAAAUGUCGCUACCGUUCCUAUGCAACCAUCGCCCUUCUCGGCCGCUCGGACGACAAAGGAAUCCCUGAAGUUCCCGGUCUGGGACGCAAAUUCAUCGGCGUCAAGAGCGGUGGGACUCUGGAGCUUCACGGCAAUGAGAGCGUUUCCUGGACCCUGCUGACUAAAAGUAUCCCAGCCUCUGGUCUGGCCACAGGGGGUUACGCCUUCCAGAAGAACUUCAGCAGAGGCAUCAACUUGCGUGUUGUUGACCAGGACACAGCCGCUGUGUUGUUGACUGAGCGCUACGACACGCACGAGUCUCGUAACGAUAGCCGACAGCUCACACAGCUGCUGCGGUCCUUGCCUGACGGUCGUAUCGUCACGCUGGCUGUUGGUGACUCAGCUGUUAAAAGUCUUCUGGAUGAAACUAAGAAGGCGAUUGAAGAGAGGCUGGGCAGCAGUUUUGUUUACGAUCUCAAAUACAGGUAAGUUGAUUGAACAGAUGAGUGGAUUUUGUUUGUCUAAUCAAAUAAAAAUGCUAAUCCAUGUUAGUUGUAACUUGAUGUAGCUGUGGAGGGCGAUCUUGUUGUCAACCUGUAUGAUAAUACAGUCUGUGAGUGUAUUUGUGUGUCAGCUGUGUUGCAAAACAAGUGCCAACUCUUCGAGUGUUUGUAGCGGUUCUCCAUGGUUUGUUGUCUUUGGGAGUGUUUUGUUUAGUCUUGGUCUCUUGGGGCUGAUAAAGAGAGUUAAUGUGUUCUUGUGGACUGAAGUAUACCCCUUCACCUUAAAAGCCUCAAUACUCAGACCCGCAACAACAACAAUUUUGUUCCAUAUCCAUCCCCUUGAGGAAAGUUAUCUUCUGUCGUGUUUCAUUAUUUUCAUUUAGGAUGUUCCCUUGAAUGGCAUUAGCUCUUCCUGUAUCCUCUGCAUGCCAGCUUUGUCAUGCUCUGCAAGAAAAAGGAAGCACGUACAGGAUACCGGGGUUAUGGCAGGAGAGUUUCCAGGAUUUGUGCAAAACGCAGUGAUUCAGGAGAUUAUAGUUCCAUCAUACCCCCCUCAGACUGACAGUUAUAUGAGAGGUUUUGCCCUGUUCAUGUGGGUUUACAUUUUGCAGUAAGUUCAUAAAGUGAAAAACUUAGAAUUACACGACAUUAGAUCUUGUGUUACUGUCAGUCAAACAUAUGUGCGCACACACGUUUCUCUCAAAGGAAACUCUUAGUGCAGCGUUUCACUCUGAGUUAUUUGUAGCUCGACCCGAUUUGGUCCUCGGUUGGCUGAAAAGCCAAGUGCUGCGCCAGAUUCUCCAGUGUCACAUUUCACUCUCUGGGGGUGGAUGCCAAGGCAGCACACAGUUUUCAAACAAAUCCACUGAAAUCCACAGCACAGUAGUCUAAGUGGAUCAGAGAUUGAGCCCUCGGUAUGUUUGAAAGCGUGUGUCGUAAGUGUGCCAGUAAGUUAUCAGUGUGUAUUCCCUUCAUUUACUCUCACCAUUUAUCGGAGCGGGGAUUUUUGUCUUAGCUGUCUGUGGAUUUGCGUUAGGUAGGAGGAAACACGUAGGACACAUUUAUGAGAGAACAUGCAGUUUAAUGUCCCAUUAAAGUCACACUAUGUUAGGUUGAGUGAUUUAGGUUGAAAGUUGGGUGGUAAAGGCAUAUGACCUUUAGGACUGAGAGUAAUGGUGAAGCGUAGAUCUGUUAAUGACAUGUAGUUGCAGCAUACAUAUAUAUUAACCAGGUUGAUUCCAUUGAGAUUAAAAUGCUAAUGCAAAAAUUUAAAAUAUAUAAAAAUAUACAAAAUAAUCGUAGUCGUGUCGAUUAUCAGAUAAAUCGUUCAUGGCAGCCCUACUUGACUGUAAGAUAAACAGCUGUAAAUCAUCCAAAUGCCUUAGAUUUUCCACUGCUGGAUCUUAAGUGUUGUCAUCCACCUUCCUGACACAGAUAACAUAAAUGCAUACGUUCCUGCUUAAUGUCUGUCAGCCCCUCUUACUUAAGUGUGUGUCCUAAGUCCUUUGUCUCUCAGCAUAUCCAAACAAGUGUCCAAGCAGGUUGGCUGUGAAUUCACCUCAGGCCCCCACACAUGUGCAAUUUCCGGUCAAACAAUGAGGUUGUUAAUGUACUGCCACUGAUCAUCAGUUGAAGGACAUGGAAAGGGAAACAGUGAGAGUACCCCCGAUUCGCUCAUUGUUGUUUGAUUUAUGAAACGUACACACUUAAGAAGGCUGCAUGUUAACAGCCUCAGGACAGAGAAGAGGCCUUCUUUGAUUUUUUUUUUUUUCCCCAGCGGGAUAUGCCACACUUCGAGCCCGCUGGGACAGAACAGAGCCGAUCCCCAGAUGGCUUCAGUUUGUGUGUCAGUGGGGUACACAGUGACAUAGUAGAGGGUCUUUUUCAUCUAUGUGAGGAUGUGUUUAGGUUGUGAUUAUGCCACUGGGAGCAAUUAUUAUGAACAGAGACAGAUUUACACACAGGCACGUGGAGAUAAAAGCGCUACAAACUGCUGCUAAUAAUUACAAAGACUAAGUCAGUAAACAUUGGAAUUUUUAACUCAUGGUUUUUCAUGGUUAAGGAUGUUGAAGAUGAAAAGGGUAGAUAGUGCAUUUGACCGCUUUUGUUUGACAUGUAUGUGCUGUGAGUUGCAUUUAUCAUGGAUUCAUUACCAGACACGAAAAAGUUGAGUGAAAUCGGUUCGUUCAAAGGUGAAUUAAGAGUAAAAGUAUGUAAAACUGCUGAGCUACCUCACAGUCUAAUUCAAAUAGUCACCCAGCUGUGACUCCACUGGCCUCUGAAUGGUUGCCAUUUUGGUUAAGGGCCAGCUUGUCUUCAUAAAGUUUUUAAAGGUCAUGCAAUAGUUUGAAACAAUGGUUUUCCAAAAAAGAAUAGAAAAGGGCUUUAAGCUUGUUUGAACUCAUUCAGCUCAUACUUAACAAAAAAGCAAGAAGUCGUUGAAGCUGGGCUUGUGUUAUUUGAAAAAAGAAAAAUGAGACUGCAAUUUGUAGUCCGCUGUCCUUUUUAAGGUCAUACGCCCCUCGAAAGCACGCCAAAUCCCUUUCACCAUCCACACCCUGAAGUUCCCAAACUCAAAUGUUUUCAGGCUCUCCUUUGAAUCGAAUUGUGUUUAAAAUCAUUCUUGCUUUAUGGGAUGGUGUCCUAAGGAGUGAGUAAGCAGUGAGAACAGAAUUCAGAGCAGUAGUGAGAAGCUGGAUUUACAAAUCACCCCUCCUCAAAUCCCCUGUCCAUAUUUUGAUAAUCCCUCAAUCUCUUAUUGUCCUUUUAUCACUACAUGACAUCCUUUCUGAUAUUUAGCAUCUAAUUCCUCUGUAAUUGCUCUGCCUUCAGAGUAUUUAAACAGUUCAGUCUCUAAACCAGAUAUCUGGUCAGGAUAUCAAAUGUCCGUUACAAAAUGUAAUAUCGCAAGUCUCAGGAAAUGAGGUUUUGUGCAUUGUUGACACAUUCCUGCUGAUGCAUGACUCGGAAAGACACUGAAACACGGAGAACUGUUGCUGUGCGGUUAAGGUUACGCCUUUUCAGACAACGAUUUGGCGUCAUUAAGAUAUUAUACAUAAAUCCCGUUAUACAACAUCAGCUGGCUCUGAUUGAGAAAUCAUGGUUUCCUGAAAUUUGUACGUUUGUCACUGCUUCUAGCUUUUCGGCAACAACUGUUACUUUUCAGAGGCUUGUUAUUUAAGGAUUCCUUUCACAGAUUAUGGGUUGUUUCUUGCAAGGUAGCAUUGUCAUUAUCAGCUCUUGACAAAAAGUGAAACAAGCCGUUGAGUCAAGUUUUGGUUCUGAGCAUUCACUGACAAUGUUUCAGUCAUUUCAAGCAAAACCAUUUCCUUCAUCCUGAGAGAGCCUAUGAGAAUCUACAGUCGAUCCUCUGUUGUACUUCAAUAUAGAUGUGUUAGAUCUGUUGUGCAUCAAAAAAUCUUGCUUCCUCUUUUCCUCAUGGUUCACUUCAACCCCCUGGUCCCUACAGACAGGCGUGGGCUUUGGUCUCAGUGGUGGGCGGCGGUAACGCGUCAUGCUCGGAGGAUGUCAGGGAACACGAAAACCACGACACCGGAGGACGAGCCCUGGCUAAACAAAACUUCAUCACUGUGGACGGAGUGGGCUUCUCGGUCACCGCCUACAGCGAGUGGAAAAAUGGUGAGAAAGAGUUAAUAAUGGAAUCAAACAUACAUUACAAAACUGAAACUAUUGACUAUUCUGUUUGUUUUAGUACCUGGAUUGUGCGUCAUGUCAGUCCAUGCAGGUCCAGGCUUGAUUUAGUCAACACAAUGACAAACUCUCAGGUUUCUUUACCUUUAAAGGAGUUAUUAGUUCAGUCAUGGCGAGCUGUAAGGUUUCUGACGUUCCACCUGUUUCACAGAUCAAUCAUCUGGACAUGAAAGACAUUCUUGUGACUGAGUGGCUUUAAGUUUAUUUGUGACUGCUCCUUUGCCAAGUGUGUGAGGUGGUAGGUGUCUCUGUGUGAAUGUAGUUUAGGUGUGGCACCUUCACAACCUUAUCUGUCUUCAAUAAAACUGAAUGCCCACACCUUGUGAUAAACAUUUUUACAGUCAAUUAAUCAGUAUCUCUAUGAAACAUGAAGUGCAAACUUCAGAGUUCUGGUUGGUUGCCCUUAACUGAACAGCACUAAUAGCUGUCGUGACAAACUCUUAUUUUAAGGUAUAUAGUCAGCCUUUACAUCCCACUAUCAUCAUGGUUAAUGAGCCUUUGCAGCAGGAAGAAUUUUGUUUGUUUACUCAAAGUGAGGGGAUGUAAGAUUCUUUAUGUCUUACACUUAAAACGCCCAUAAAAAUGAAAAGGGAUUGCUUUUUCCUCCCGCAGGUUUCCCCAUCUCAGGCUUCCAGGUAGAUGCUGUGGACCAGGUGGUGUUGAACCUGCAGGAUGAAGUGAAGCCCAGCUGGAAGGAAGGGCACCAGAUUGUGGUUGCCAGCACUGAUUACUCCAUGCAUCAGGCUGAAGAGUUCACCUUGUUGCCCUGCUCACACUGCACCAGCAGGCAGGUCAGGAUACAAGGUGAGAGAGGGAAACCUGCUUAAUAUUUGUUCGCCCUGCCUUUACUAAAUUGUUUCUGCCUUAGUCUGCGGUAGAGUGUGGCUUGUUAUCUGGCCCAAGGUCUAUUAGGAAAGUAAAAUCAUGAAAGAAAACAUAGUACAGAUAUUUUUUCAUAAUGGAAAAUUUACGAGAUGACUCAUUAUACUAAAGUCAUUCCAGCAGCAGAAGCAGACAUAGAAGAUCCCCCGCUGAUACAUCGGUUGAGUCAAUGAAUAUGAUCAGCAGAUGUGGUGCUUCUCAUCUUAAGGUCCAUGGGAAUUUAAUUUCCUUUUCAGCUGUUACGUGGAUGUAAGUUUGUGGAAGAAACUCAAAAAGAUUAUCAGCCUAAAUUUUGAUGUUACCAUAGAAACAACCACAGUGGUUCAACGGUCUUCUACCUUGUUUUGCUCCUGUUAGCUCCUACGAUGCACUCUGCUCUGUUACUGUUAUCCAUUUAUCGGUCUCGGAUAUCUUUCCGGAUUUCAUUCCUCUGUUGCUAACAAAUGACAACACCCUUUCCUUGAAGGGUGUGUUAUUUUGUGUAGUUUUUGUGUUUCUGCCAUGAGGAAGGGUGAGCAGCUGGAGCACUGCUGUGCUUUAUCACUGGCAGCUGUGACAUGGGCAGGGGUACUUUCCACAUUGUUGAAGAGCGGAUUAUUUUGCAUUAGAAAUCGGUUGUUUCUUAUUUUUGGACUACGUUUUUUAUCUUUUUUUUUAGUGUGAGCCAUCUGUGUUUUAGGAAGUGUGUUGGGCAACUUCCUCUGGUCUAUAGUUUGAUACACUUCAUCAUUUUCAAUAAUGAAAUAUCUUAGUUUAGCUUGAAUAACAUCACUUGUGAGUUUUGGUGUUGUAAUAAAAGCAUUUUACCUACACUCAGUAAAAAUGUUUUAUUCUCAGUAUGAUUUAUGAAUCAUAGGGCGGGGCGAUAUGGGCUCAAAUCAAUAUCACGAUAUAUUGAGCAGUUCGCCUCAAUAACGAUAAAUGGACGAUAACUACUCCACAAGCUGCUCAUCCCCUCCCACAUAAACUUUGUCUACUUCAGCUGCCACUCCCGCCGCUCCAACUUUUGAACCGUCCUCCAUCUCCUCACCUUUCUUUGUUACAGACUGGAUGGGGUGGAAUCACGUCUCUGAAAUAGGACAGCGUCUUAAAGGGACAAGAGACCAUAGCCUACCUACACACAUCCAAAACCAAGUUUUAUUUAUUUUUUUAACACAGAGUAUACUGACAUAGGCAAAAUUACGUUGGUUAUUAUCGUAAAUUUCGGUAUCAGUAAAUUUUCGGUUUAUCGCCCAGCCCUAUGUAUGAACGCCUUAAAAGUCCUUUUAAGUAAUGUUGUGUUUUCCUGUGAAAUUACAUAAUUACCUCAAGUACUUUUUCCUUUUCUGAUUUCCUCAGAUUAGAUGUGAUGCAGUGAUAGACAUGUGCAUUCCCGUCUAGAAUUGACUUCCUCUGAAUCUCUUUGUCUGCUCUGCUCAGGGAAACCUCAGUACAAUCAUGUCGGAGAGAUCUUAGACGGGGUGGACAUGCGCGCUGAAGUGGCUCUUCUCUCCAGGAACAUUUUGAUCUAUGGAGAAAUGGAAAACUCGUGCUACGGAAACAACAAGUGCCAGUUCUACAACCAUGACACCUUUGGAGGCCACAUCAAGGUGUGUAUUUUGCGUGGCUGUGUAUGUGUGUGUGUGUGUGUGUGUGUGUGUGUGUGUGUGUUUUGAGUGGCUUUUUCUGUCUGUAUUUACAGGUUGUAUAACUCUGCAUUAGAUGUCACACUGUCUGACAUCUGUCUGACAGUUUCCAUACAGCAAAGCUUCGGUGUUCAUUAAACUUGAACCAUGUUCUUUUCCAGUCUUCAGCUCACCUUAUUUUGACCUGUUACUUCUCCCGCUCUCAGCCUCCCUCUGUUUUUCCUCACUCUGUCUUCACUUGUCAAGUUUUAAUUUUUGUGGCUGACAUUUCAUCUGUAACUCUGACCAAAGGGUGACAACAUAAGUUAGAGUAAGGUCAAAAAAGAGCAGAAUCAUGUCCUCUUUGACCUACAUGGACCUCUUUGUAGUCCAGGCAGAGAGUUUAUUUUGAUUUGUUAAAUGAUGAUUCGAUUAUUUUCUCUUUCGUGGAAAAAACACAGUAACAUUCUUAAGGCUGUGUGUAAUCCGCCUAAGUUUAACAAACAGCCUUUGUUUUACCACAUUUACUGUCCCCACUAAAAAAGCAUUUUAUCAUAUUACACAAAGUUACGCUGAAAACUAUCAACUUGCUCCUCCCCAAACUAACCAGCUGAAAGAACAGAGCUUUCACAAACACACAGUAUUUGCAACCAUCACAUAUUUUCUCUGUCCAUUCUUUGUGCUACUUUCAAACCCUCCUAAAGAUCAAACCCGAUUUGGGUAUUUGAAAAAACCUCAGUAAUACCAUAUUGGUCUUGCUCUACUUGUCGAUAUGCAGCGUGUGUGUUUGUGUGAGCGUAUGUGGUUAAGUUACAGUUAGCUGGAGGGAUUGGCCAAUACCUCCAUAACAGGAACCAGACUGUUUUGAUUAAGUUAUACCCACAAGAAAAACUCCUAAGCAGCAUUUUCCAUCAUAUUUGAAUUGGAUUAUUUGUUGGCGUUGACGUUAAACUUAUAUCUCCCCCUCUUGUCUGUUUAUGUUUUGCGUGUGAGCAUCCUUAUUGUAAGUUUGGCCAUAACUCUGUGCUUCAGUAACUCACUUUUAUUACUCAAGGAGGGGCACAUCAGUGGUUUUGGAGCAGGAUGCCAACAAAGCUAUAGUUCAUGUUUCAGUGGGAUUAUAGACCAACACAUAAAAUCAUCAUGUAAACCAAAAACCUUUAAUUAGGUAUUUUACCCACCUACUUUUGUGGCAUGAUGUGAACUUUGUGUCACCCUACACAAAGCCAGGAGGGUUACUUAAGCUCAGGCUGGUUUCUGUUCUCGCUUGAUAGAUUUUUAAAUUUACUCUUUGUUUUCAGACGUUUUCUUUCCACAAUGACCUUUUUGCUCUCUCUCCCACGCGAGCAGAUCUUUGGCAACUUCUCAUCGGUGCAUCUUUCCUAUGUGGAGCUGAAAAACAUGGGUCAGCAGGCUGAGAUGAGCCGCUACCCCCUCCAUUUUCACAUGUGCGGGGACGUGGACAAGAAGGGAGGCUACUGGGAGCCCACCUAUGUGGACGGACUCUCCAUACACCACUCCUUCUCCCGCUGCCUCACCAUACACGCCACCAACGGUUUGCUGGUAAGGAAAGCACGAAAUCUAUGAGUACAAAGAAAGACAGCUGUUGGUGUUUAAAAUCUGUUUGUUUUUAGGGAUGUGUGAGAAAACUCUUGCUAAUAAGUAACAUGUGAUGUCACUUGUUGAAUACUCAUCAGUCACAGUCACAGUGACUGGAUUACAGUAAUGGCCCAUUUCCUCCUUAAUUGUCUCUCCCCCCUCUCCUUCUCUUCCUUAAGCUUCCUCUUGAAACCCUCCUGUACUGUACCUUUCUGUUUGAUUUAACACUCCUUUCAUACGUCUCUUUGGAAUAAGAUAUUACAGGUACAAUUACUCUCCUGUUAUUAUGAGUCUCUCAUUUUGCACAAAUGUAAACACGCUUUCUUUCCUAUCUGGAAAAGUGGACUCAGAAGACCUGUUUACAGAGGUAUAUCUAUCAGCUGCACAAUCAGAGUGUCUUUGUUUGUGUGACAGUUCUGCUCCCUCUUGACGUCAAUUUGGUGAUAGGUUAAAACCUUUGUCCUUGAGGCUGUAGAAUUCACGGCAUUCUUCCUAUCUGUGUUGAGGAAAUGGGAUUUGCAAAGUUUCAGAUGACAUUGUUUGGCUCUGCUGUUUUUCCUGUGUAGCCUCUGGUACAACGAGCAUGUGAAUAUUCUGUUAUUGUGUUAUCUCCUUAAGACCAUCAUCAUCAUUUUCUACAUACCUUUAGGUAGAUUUAAUAAGGAACGGUCUUGGUAGGAAAUACUUGGAGGAAUUUGAAGUAUUGAGGGAAGCAGGCACAUCUCCUAGUUGGAACGUACAGUAUUUUCCUGUGGGUUGGUGAUGAUUCCAAGACGUACUAAAAUGUUGUCUCAGCCCUCGUGUUUACCGAGGUUUCCUGCAUAUUUCCAACAAGUGUAAACUACCUUUGCCUUGUAAAAGGGGGGAAUACCAUAUAUGAGAAACAGUGCUGUUUUCAUUUUGCUCUCCUUGCUAAAUCUCUGAACUCUUAAAGUCCAGAUUUUUUUCGCUCUUAUCUCUUACCUCUUUUUUUUUUCCCUUUGACUCAGGUGAAGAACACUGUAGGCUACGACACCCUGGGUCACUGUUUCUUCCUGGAGGAUGGGAUCGAGCAGCGUAACACUCUGUACCACAACCUUGGUCUGCUGACUCGACCUGGGACUCUACUGCCAACUGACCGCAAUGACACACUCUGCACCAGCAUUAAGGAUAAAGUGUACCCGGGUUACACUCCUUCACCCAGCACAGAGUGCAAGUAAGAGACUAAAGACAAUGUAUGUCUUUGGUUGUAAAUAUGACAUGUCAUCAUGCACCAUCUUCAAAAAUGGGCUGUGAAUAGUUACACUACACUGCUUUCAAACAUGUCAGGUUUAUAUUGUUUAUCAUUUAGGGGCAGGAGAAAAAACCGAUACAGCAUAGUAUCGUGAUAUUUUGUCUGGUGAUAUAUCCUACCGUCUUAUGUAACAAGUAUCGAUUUUUCAAAUUGCUAGUAUGAAGUCAAACCUAUGAUAAUAAAAAAUAAAUUCAACAGUUUGACAAGUGAGGUUGGCAGAGGUGACAUCAUGGAGCAGCAGAAAGUUAGUACAACAAAUAUAUAUAUGAAGGCUUGCAAGAUGUGCUACAUGAAAAUAAAAUACAAAUGUAAAUAAGACAAACCUAAAGGAAAGGAAAAUGCUAAAUUAGCUAAAAAGUUGCAAAAUGCCAAAAAAUCGCAAUAAUAUCGUAUCGUGGCUCAAGUAUCGUGAUAAUAUCGUAUCGUGGAGCCACUAGUGAUUCCCACCCCUUGUAUUAUUGAAGCAUGUAUGUUAAAGUUAGUGAUUUACUAUAUAAGUUCACACACUCAUCACAGUAAAUCUAGUUUACUGACAGUUUUAAUCGAACUAAACCCAAAAUAUGCUGUUUUUUUAACACACACAGAGUUAAAUCUGUUCACGUCAGAAACAUUUGCACAUAACAUUGUUUCUUAUUUUUACUUUGACACGAGUUCCCAUUUCACUGUUGUGAUCAAAAUAGUACACCGGCACAGAGGUCCAUUUUCAUGGAAUUUCCCUGCAUACUCAGAAAAUAUGAAGUCUUGUCCAUCAGCCAGAAACAGCUUCAGAGAUGCUUAGGUCCUCUGAGGCACUGGAUUGAGUAAAGUUGUAACGACAGAUAAUAGAAGGAACACUGUGAGCACGCUCCCAGUCCCUGAUAUUUUUCCAAACAGCUUGAUCUGAAAGAAAGUUUACAUUGAAGGAUGAAAAUAAAGUUGACAAGGGAAACCAAGUUAUCACUGAAACAGCCUGUGUAGAAUCUGUCCCUCAGUCAAGUGUCUGUGCGGAAACCUGAUAAGAUAGAGCUGAGGUACUUUGAGAAAAGACAGAGGGGUUCAAGUCCGUGUGAAAGAGAUACUGUAGAGAGCCGCAGUGUGUGCGAGGGAUAUUGGCAGAGAGGUUUUACUCAUUCAAUCACAACAAGCUCUAUCCACGGGAUGUUUUUAUGUCGUAGUAGGAACAAGAAAAGUGCCUCUUUCAGAGAAGCAGUGCGGCCUGUUUCCAUGAGUUUCAGUCUGUGUGUGUUGGCAGAGUUGUCCCUGUCUGGGGUUUAUGUUGGAGAGGUGGAUUAUUGAGGGAAUUUCGAGGGAUCACAGGUUUCUUUGAUCUCCGUCUACUUAUUAGUCACAGUCUCUGUCAUGCUCUGCCUUUUUAAUGUCUUUCUCUGCAUGCAUGAUUGUGAUUUGAUAUGUCUGUGUCUUUGUCUGUGUGCGUCGUUGGGGUGUUUUCCAGGGCAGUUUCGACCUUCUGGAUUGCCAACCCCAACAACAAUCUCAUCAGCAAUUCAGCUGCUGGCUCGCAGGUAAUAACACCAGAUUUAAGAAAGAAAACAGCGCCAAAUUGACCUUUUGAAAAAAGACAGCUACAGAUAGUUAUGACUCGUGAAUGACCGACAUGAGCUGCCCCUUAUUGAAAUAUGAUCCAUACUUUAUCAUCUGAGGCUGCACGGGCUUUUGUGUUCCUCUAACUUAGCAGAACAAAAUUGAGAGGCUUAUAAUGAGGUUAUCCGACAAUAAAAUGGGAUUUAAACGGCUUAAGUGUCUGAUAAAACAGUGAGACCUAUGAUAUACGAAGUUUAAAGAAGUGGAUCCUUCAUCUGGUCUUUUUCAUUUUGGCACAAAGAGUGUGGGGAUCCACUGGGAUGGCUGUGUAACCCAGUAUGUACUGGUAGGGGGUAUGUGUGUUAUUGAUUUGGUUUUGUGUCUCAAUCUAUUGAACCAUAAAAUUUAAUGAGCUCUCCAGCUCAUAUCAACUCCAGGUUUCUUCUGUCUUUGGGACCUGACCAACUUGUAAUAUGAAAUUCUGCCCAGUUCUGCGUAUCCCCCUUCAGGGUUACUUCAGCUUUCCUCCCUAUAGAUAAUGUGUUUAUGAGCCCAGAAGACAUUUCUGCUCUUGACCAGCUGGACUCAUAAUGUGAUUUAUCUUGUUUACCCCCUCAUUUGUCUCCUCUUGCUUCCUGUCCCAGGAUGCCGGCAUAUGGUUUGUGUUCCACAGCUCUUCUACCGGAGACUCUCAUGGGCUGGUACCAGAGACCAAGGCAGAGCUCACCCCCUUGGGGACUUUUUACAACAACCGUGUACACUCCAACUUUAAGGUAUUAUCAGUGUGGAUUAUUUUAAAGCCCUUUCCUCAUUGGUUUAAGCUAAAGUAAGCAUGCGCUCUCUAUCCUCCAUAAACAUCAUGGUAUGAAGUGUAGCUCACAAUGGUGUCUUUUUUCUGCCUUCGUUUUAUGGAGACAAAAAAAAUACAAUGUUUAUUACUCGUAAAAGGUAUCGCACAUAACUCCAAGGCUUACUCACUCGGGUCUUGCAAAGAAAGAGCAUAGACACACACUCUCACACACACUUGCACAGGCUCUAUAAUAGUGCUCUGUGGUGUAAUGACAGAAGUCAGGCAGGUGAACUGUAAGUUCUUUGUUCAGGCUGACCACUGCAGCCUCUCUUAUAGAGGAAGCAGCCCUGAGGUUUUUGACUAUACCUCGCUUAUACCGCAAGACUCACUCGAGCCCAGGUUUCCAUAAACAGAAGACACACACACUCACACACACACUCAAACACACACACACUCAAACACAGACAUGACAUUUUACCUCUCAUUUAUUUUACAAUUCAUUUUUGUAAACAUAUAGAGUUAAUCCAUGUGUUACGGUGUGUGCAAAUAUACAUUGCACAUUCAUAUAUGUUGGAAAUUACACGCAGGAAUUCUGUUUACCUUUUUCCCUCUUCCAGCAGUACUCUCUGCUGCGCCACAUAGAUUCCAUAACUCGGUUAGCCCAGGAUUUAAAUUUAGUGCAUUUAUGAUUGCUUCAGGUCCCACAGUGUAAAUAUACUGUACUAGUAGUCUUGUUAAUGUCAGUCUGCCAAAAAUAAACCUGCGGCUGAUCUUGAGAUUUUAAAUGUAGAUAAAGAGGAAAUUUAGCGUUUAAGUGUCAUUAUAUUUCUUAACAGGCAGGGCUGUUCAUCGACAAAGGAGUAAAGACCACCAAUGCAAGUGCUGCGGACCCUCGGGAGUACCUGUGUCUAGAUAACAGCGCCAGGUAUGUAUCUGCAGGGAAGCAUAAGCGUGUGUAUGUUUACUCUUUUAAAACUAUAAAGUCCAAAAAAAUGUGCUAGUCAUCCUCAGCACUUUUGUUCUCAAUGCUGGUGAAUUGAUAUUAACUUAAAGCUAAUCCAUGUGCUGCACGUGCUUUCACACAAAGCCUGUAAUUGUGCACUAAUAGAAGGUCUAUGGUCGGUGUUCAGUUACACUAUGUAAAUAUCAAGGUAUUUGUGGUUUACUAAUUUAUUUGUUUAAUACCGCCGUCAAUACCUGUCUGUGAAUUAAGGUAUUUGUGGCUAUAUCUACCAGGAUACGGCCAUUGACUGGGAUAGAUAGAUGGCCUGUACUCUGUUGCUGGAUUUUUAGUGGAAGGUCUGUCAGGUUUGUGUUGACAGAGAAAAUAAGGCUUCACAGAUAGAGUUUCCUCUCUGCGGCUCCCUACCCAAAUACAGCCCUCAACUAAACGGAAAAAAUCUUACCCGUCCACAGAGACUGUGUGAAAUGCUGUGUGUGCGUGUCAGUGCGUGCAAGUGUGUGUGUGUGUGGGGGGUGUGUGUGUGUUUGCAGGCAGAAGUGUGAGGGGGAGGAUUUUGAAUGUCAGAAUGUGCAUUAAUCUUACAUAAGGGAGAAGGGGGUAUUUGUGAUGUGUGGAUGUAAGGGACUGGCAACACUCUUACUCAUAGUGCAUAAGAUAGAAAAUGACUCCAUCUGACUGAUGUGAUCUUGGGGCGUUUUUCAUGCAACAGUCAGAUAAUGACAGCUAACAGUGAGAUCUUCUUUAAAUCUGAGCAUCCAAAUUGAUCACGAUCAUUGGGCUAUGAGCUUUUUCUUGCAAUUAAAGACUGAAGUCAUCCUUUUUUGGUUAAUGCACAAGAUAUUUCCUCAUCUAAUGAGGAGAUGGCCAUCAAUUUUCUUGACAUGCUCAUGCUCUGAAGGCAGAUAAAUCUUUCUGCAUUUUGUGACAUCAUGUAUCUUUCUGUAAUGUCACCCGUUAUGUGCGUGCAAUAAGUUUUAUGGUUUGAUGAUGUUAUGACUUCCAGGUCCAUAAGUUGUUCAUCAUUCUCUAAAGCACUGAGUGGUCAAAGUAUGUGAAUAAUGAAGUUAACAUAGAUAUUAAUGAGGAAAACAUUACUGGAAAACUUUAAAGAGAGUAUUCACUGAGUUAAGAUUGAAAGAUUUAUCAGAGUGUAAAUGAAAGGAAUGUUUUUAAGAUAAUAGAAACGUGUUUUCACAUGGGUGGUUUUAUUAUUUUUAUAUAGAUUUCGACCACAUCAGAAUGCUGACCCCAGCCUACCUCGAGUGGCGGCAGUCAUCGACACUCUGAUCUCCUUCAAGAACAAUGACUUGGGAGCGUGGAUACGAGGAGGAGACAUCGUCAUCGAGAACUCUGGGUGGGGCACCGUUAUUGGCUAUGAUGUGAUUAAUGUAACACAUUCAAAACAUCCAAGAACUGACAAUCUCACAGUGUAAAAGGGGUGGCUAAAAAUGGAAAAUGUCAGUUUGUUCUAGUCGUAUGAUUUUGGUUAAUCCCUCCAAAGCUGAAACUCAUUUGAUCAUUUGGCUCAAUCCUCUCUCACACUUUAUUGAAUUCCAUCAUUUUUGAGAGAUGACACUAAACUGGCAAAAGCUGUUUUUCUCUUUAGUGCCAGAGAACAAUAUCAGAUGGUUCCAUUUAACUUGAUCAGGACAUUGAUUUCUGCUCUUCCUCUUUAAUCACUUACUCGAAGUAAUUGCGUGCUUGAAGUAAUAGAAAUAUACUCUUAAAUUACUAAAUAUAAACUGACGUUUAGUUGGACUGACCAAUGCCUCUUUGUCUUUCACCAAACAGCUUCGCAGACAAUGGAGUAGGAUUGUCAUUUGCCAGGUGUGUACUCAAUUAAAUCUGCUUAUGUCGUCUCAUUUUAUGAAGCCUUCUCUGCCUUUUCAUCUGCAGUCCAGAUGAACCUGCCAAGAAAGUCUCAUGAUUGAUAGCAACAGUUAAGCUCCAUUGACUCACAAGCAUCUCUUUUGAGCUUUGCUCCACACAUUUUUUCCUCUUUCAUCUCAAGAAAUCCAUCAAUCAUUGUAAACAUAUUGAUAGGAUGUGAUUAUUCUCAACUACCGUGUGCACUUUUCUCCUUCUUCUCCCGCAGCGAUGGCAGCUACCCAAAGGAUGAGGGUUCCAGUCAGGAGGUGACGCAGUCUCUGUUUGUGGGGGAAAGUCGAAACAGAGGGACGAAUGGAGGUCAGAACAAAUACUGGGGCCCAGGAGGGGCUGAUGCAAAGAUGAGGACGCUACCUAGAAACAGGUGAGGAGGAGUUGGUUAAGGAUGUGAUUAACAGAAGUAAGAUUUUAAAUAAGACUGGGGAUCACACGAGUAGUAAGUGAUUGCAGGAAAUAAAAAAUCAAGGAAAAGGGAGAGAGAAAACCAGGGAGGUAAACAGGUAGUUGGACAGAUGGACAGAUGAGGCUCCUGCAGCUGGUUCAAGCAGCGAGUGAAAGGACAUUCUAUUUUGGCCAACCUUCCUUCCGUGAUAUUUUAAGCAGUUUAAAAAAACAUGGUGGCAACACUUACAUCAUUUCACAGGAAAUAAUUUCUCGAUGUGGCAUGUCAGAGGUACUUAUUUUUUCUGCUAUUUAGAUCUUGGCUAUUUUUGACACAAAACUUUUUCCCACCUUAUUUACCCUUUCUUUGAUUUUUGAUCUUAUUUGGAAGAGAAUAUACUAGGGUGACAAAAAAGUGCAGACAAACUAGGCAGAUCUGUUCUUGUUUCUUUAUUUUUAUUUUAGUUCUUGUUAAACUGCAACUGACAGCAUCUUAAAAAAACAUGAAGUUGUUACAAUCACUCCAGACUAUCACACCAUUUCUUGCUGUCAAUUCUAGUGAGAGAAGAGUUAUACGUCCCCUCAGUGUUUCUUUACAGUUUUAUUACACAAGAGGAGCGCAACAUAAACAUAGACUGGUUAGAAUAGCUGCCAAUUUUGGCUUUAAGAACAUGGGUUUAUAUCAGUUUGUGACGACUGUCAGCCCUGAGCACAGUUUUACAGGCACUUUACAGACUUCCUGACCACAUAGUGACAUUUGAUUCAGUCAGUUCGUCUGUCGUCAUUGUGGUCACGGUCAAAACUGCAGACACCCUUAUCCUUGUUAUUGGGAUUAUAAUUCCACUUAAAUGGAUAUAUAUUGUUAUCCUUCCAAAGGAACAGAAAUUUGAAGUUCGGUGUAACAAAGCUGCCAGUUCUGAUUGACAACCAAAGUAUUCAAGUUAAUAAAAUCAGCUGUUCUAGACUCUUAUUUAACAGAAAGUAAAGAAUGUAAACCUUGAUGGGAGCAAAGCACGAAUAAAAACAUGGACUGGUUUAUUUUUUAUUGAAGAACAGGUACUUUUCAUUUGGCUUGUGUUUGUGAAUCAAACCAUCUGCACAGUAAAUCAAACCAUCUGCACAGGACAACAACACAAGUCACAAGAUAUACCAAAGUCUUAUCCUGUCCAUAAUUACUUCAUCACAACACAAGGAUAUAAGACGUCUGGACAAACUGGUGAAAAAAGGUGGCUCUGUGGUUAGAAUCAAGUUGGACUGACUGGAGGAUGUGUUAGAGAAAUGAGCACUGAGGAAGGUGUAGGCCAUUCUAAAGAACAGGGAUUGUUUACCUCGUAACACCUUGAUGGACCAAAGGGCCGAUGGUUUUGGACGGCUCCUCUCACUUUGCUACAGGACAGAAACAUUCAGAUGAUCUUUUGUACCCACGGCCAUCAGACUGUUUAAAUAGUAGAUGACAUGAGACUCCAGACAAAUGAAUUUCCCUUUGGGGAUCAAUAAAGUUCUUGUAUUGUGUUGUAUCAACAUCGUUAAGGUCAAUUUCAAGGAAGCUUUAGAUUUGUACAAUUGACUUGAGGCCUGUAUGACAAGAACUACGGAUUUGGUGUCCUACUUCCCAGAGAUCUCAUCACCAAGCUGAGACUUUUGGAAUUUUUUAAUCACAUUUUAAUCUAAAAUUCUAAAAUAUCCAUGACUCUAAGCCUGUCUGCGUUUUAAACCUUUGCAAAUUCAUUUUCAUGAUCUCUUUCCUCUGCUCACUACAUCCGUCUUCCCAUCUAUUUAUCACCAUUAAUUGUCUUACUCAACCGUGAACUGUGUCUCGUCUGUCUAGGACGUUCCCUAUUCGAGGUUUCCAGAUCUAUGACGGCCCAGUGCGGCUCACAGAGAGCACAUUCCGUGGAUACAUCCCCACACCUGAGCGUUAUACCAACGCAGUGGGGUUCAGCCUGAAGAACACCUGGCAGCUCACCCCACGUAACAAUCUGUCCCAGCUCAGCUUUCUCUCCACCGUGAGUAAAGUCAGGAGAAAUUUCCCAUCAGAAACAAAAGCAUGCUUCACUUUUACUCUUAUGCCACUAACAUUGCGUAGGCGAACUGAAAUGCAAUGAGAUACCUGUAAAUACUGUUACAUUAGGUCAAAACAGAGACGUUUGAAAGACUUGUUUAUGAUAAAUUCUACAUGGCUCUUUUGAAUCUGUUUCUCUCUAAGUAUUUUGAUCGCUUCCCUUUUGUUCUGUUUUCAUUUAUCUUCGACACUGUCACUUCCUACUUGGCUGUGUGUGUGUUCUUGUUCUCUUGUCACUUGAAGUCUGACAGCUUCCUUAUUAGGAAUUUGGAUCUGUUUGGACACAUUCAAAUAUGUAACAAUCCUUUAUUGUUGACUAGAUGACAGCCAAGACUUAAGUGCCUAGAGAUUUGCAGUUGUGCCACCUUUUAGACCGAAGAGAGGGGGAUGAGUGGGGGCCCCGCUUAAAGUCAGGCUGGUUUAAGAGGCCUCUGUAAAUCACUGGUUCCCUCUUGUGGCCAAAUGUUACAUUACAAUACCUUUACUUGUACAAUAAAUUAGGGUUUUAUCCUAGUCAUACACUCAGAAAUAUUUAGGCCUCAUUGCAUACAAAGUUUCCAUCCAUUUGAAUUAUUUAGAUUCAACAUAAACAGGCCAAUAAACUUUUUGUGCUGCAUAUUUUUCAAUCAAAUAUAAAUAAAACUAUUAAGAAUAAGAUUUAUGUAAUGAUACUAAUAAACCCAAUGUGUUUAAAUAAAUAAUGAAGAGUUAUCUAUUUAUUAUUGAUCACUCCAAUUUGGAGUGAUCAAUAAUAACGUUCUGUCUCAUAAAUUUUAAAUAAAUGAAUCUUGGUUGAUCCGCAGCUCAUCAUAUUUAAACUACAUUCAUACACUUGAGCUGAUUAAAUUUAAUUGUUUUAUGAACAACAGAUUUAUGGUGAUUUUGAAAAAUUGAAUAAAAAAAUUCUAAAAAAUUUAAUAAUUUUAAUAAAAUCAAAGAGACGUAAAUACUUAAAGAAGAAAUUAUGCCAUAAUAAAUUUUUCUGAGUGUAUAUUCUGCUCUCUCUUAUAUCAGCUCUUCAAUCACACUAUCUUUGCCAUUCUUAUGCUUGACACCUCCAGUCCUGUGGAAAUAUUCAUAAAAUUUUAGUUCCCUAAAUUAGUAAAAAUAAAAAAAUUGUAUUAGUGUUUGUAGUCAGAUUGAUCCUGACAGUUGAUCCAGGAAAAGUUCAUUUCAGAGAUAGAUAAUAUAAGUAGGUGAACGUUUGAAAGCAGCAUUACUUUACUUUAAAACAGAAAACCCUGACAACUUCCUUUGCAAAUAAUAUCUCCAGGUGGGUCUGCGAACCUUCUUUGGUCGUCCUGGGCAGUGGUUUGAAGAGAAUGACCUGGACGGAGACAAAAACUCCAUCUUUCAUGACGUGGAUGGAUCAGUAACAGGCUACACAGACACCUAUGUGGGCAGAGCAGACAAUUAUUUGAUCCAACAUCCAGGCUGUGUGAACAUGUCUCAGUGGAGCGGAGUUAUCUGCAGCGGCCGCUACUCUCAGGUAAAGCACGUCUGGGUCUGAGCUGCUGCUGUUUUAAUUUAAAGCGUAACCUAAUCUUGUAAAUCUCCUAAACUGCACUUCACUACAUCCUCCCUCAGGUUUUCAUCCAGACCCAGGGAGCCCCCAGCCUCAGUUUGUCCAUUAACAGAGAUGAAUAUCCUUACGCUCCUCUGGUACUGAGGGGUAUUAACAGCCAGGGGGCAACCUCUCAGCAGUACCAGCCAAUUCUGAUGAUGAGCAAGAGCUACACUCUGCACUGGAGCGGACCUGCGGCAAGAGAGAUCGUCCUCUCUCUCAUCAACUUUGACAAGUAAGAAACAAGAGUCUGUGCUCUCAGUGGCUGCUGCGACUCCAGGGUACAAAGGAUGAGUUUGACUCAGUUAUGGUGGAUUUUAGAGACAACUAUUCUGAGCCAAAAUCAAUAGACGAAUGGAAGGGUACAUUUUAUUACAAGGACAAAAACAUCCAUUUGGAGUAUAAAACACUUUGAUUUCACCCCCUCAGAGACGACUGGGUGCUAGUGGGACUCUGCUACCCAUCAGACACCACAUUUCAGAUCAUGGCCGACAUCUACGAUAGACAAAGCAACACCUUUGACGACAUCACAGACUACGGCACCGUGCCAUCCCUCGCAGAGCUGCAGAGGAGGCCAAUGGAGAGGAAGUACUACUUUGAUCGCACUGCCGGGUGAGAGGAUGAAUUAUGUAUCAUCUUUUUUCAACUUUUAAACUCUUUAAGAUUUCCUGGUUCAUGAAUAUUUAUGAAAGUCUGUUUUUUUUCCCCCAUCCCAUCUCAUACAGCUUGUUGUGGCUUUACCUUCGAGCCCGGCAUGGUCGUGAGGGUCACAGCUACUGUUCAUUCAAAGGCUGUGAAAGAGUGAAAGUCAUGGCCACCACAUCCUCCAAACAGACAUGCAACUGUACAGCAAAAGCCUAUCCCAAGUAUUCCAAGACUCCCUCAGCAGUGGUGCCCAUGCCGCCUUUAAACACAGGGUCCUGCAAAGGCUGCGGUGCUCGACAGGUUUGUGUCACCACAGUUCUGAUCAUCUCCUGUGGUACACCUAAACUGUAAGCCAGCACUGAUAACCCUUAUUUGUUUGUUUUUUUCCACAGCUUGUGUUUUCUAGUGAACCAUGGACCUCCUACCUCCAGACACAAAUCAAGUCUCUCAGCAGCAAAGAGCAGCAAAAGGGAGAUAAGAGCUCUUUUAUCACUGUAAGCAUGCCAAGAGUCAUUUAAAAAAACAGAAGAGAAAUCUUAACGUAUUAUUUUUAUUUUCGGAUGACUUGUGACUCAUUUUAUCCUUUUUGUCUUCCUGUAACCUUCAAGGUGAAUGAGGUUACCAUGCCCUUUUCCCAGCCUGGAUUUUUCCUAGUCACAGUGGAUGCCUGCUCCGGAAAAGUCAUCAAAAAGACCUCAUUUGCCAAAAUGGAUGCCAAGAUGGAACAGUACUUAAAAACUGGAAUACCAAAGAGGUUAGCAAGAGAAAAAAUAAGAGGCCACCGCACACACACACACAUACAGCAGAAUUAUCCUCACUCUCGUUUUCUCUCAAAGAGGGCAAAUUUUACCAAUUUUCAACCAUGUUUAACAAACCUCUGUGUAUGAAAUGUUGGUGCAGUGCUUUGGCCAGAAUAUAAUAUGAGGUUUUGGAUCAUGUAUGCACCAGCUCUUAACAGCCUUUCUGAGAAUAACCAGUUUUGAUGUGUGACUCUGUGGAUUCAGUGUCUUCUCACUCUUCCAUGGGGUGUGUCUGCUUUAAAGAAAGCAAUAGUAGACCGCCCAAACGUUAAAGGGAUAUUCCGCUUUAAAGUUAAGUUAGGGUGAAACACACCCUAACAUAGAGUCAGUAAUGACCGCAGGAUAGCAAUACAGAGAGCCACGCACUCAACCAAAACGCCACUCUAUAGCCACAAAUAAUGCUCAGAACAGCACCUAACUUCAUCAACAGUACAUCAUAAAUGUUCCUCCACCCCGCUGCAGUCGAUGGACUCACCCUAAGGGUCUCCGUACAAAAAAAGCGGCUGUUGGAAGAAAGAAAGUGAGUUGUGUUUAGUCUCUUUGCUAAAGAAAUCAGGCAAAGUUAAAAAGAUGUUUGAUGGCUAGUACUGUGGCUGGAACCCAAUACGUACUGUUCAUGAAGUUAGGUGCUGUUCUGAGCAUUAUUUGUGGCUAUAGAGUGGCGUUUUGGUUGAGUGUGUGGCUCUCUGUAUUGCUAUCCUGCGGUCGUCACUAAAGUUGGUAUAACUAGAGAAGCAAGCGGUCGGCAACAUUCAUCUGUCGAGGGGGUGUCUAACUCGGUGUUCCGGUGUGUUUGACCACUCACUUAAUUUUACGCCGGAAUAUCCCUUUAAGCUCUGAGGCUGUGGCAUUUAAGGUCAGAGUGGAGAUGCCAGAGAGGAAUAUUUCAGUGAGUCCUCCUGUUUGUUUAGAUUCAUAGCAGGCCAUGUGUGUUUUCAGACAUAGGCAGACCACCAACAAAAGACUGGUUUGGCAUGUUGCACAUUUUGUGUGUCAGUAGAUACUCUUGAUUCCAAGUAUUUGUACAAGUACUCAGAAAAAUGUGUUAUUUCAUAACAGGUCUAUGGUGCUGAUGGCAACAAGAGGUCAGCCGGAGGGCCUGGUUGGUGUGGCCCCGCAUCUGGUUUCCUUUGGUUUGGCCAAAGCUGCUGAUCUGCGGAGUAAGGGUAAGUGACAACUGCAUUUCUGUCUUUCUUCAUUUGUAAUCUGGGCACUCUUUAUCACACACUCUUAUUUCACCCUCUCACCACAGAGAGUCUGGCACUUUGGGGGUUCCAGGGUGGUUCUCCAACCAAGGGUGGUUCUUCAACCCCUCCGUGGGUCUCUCUACUUGCCGGGCAGGGGGAUGAGAUCCUUGGGCUGCAAGAACGGUACUUGCCCCUGGGCUUGGAGGCGUAUGGCUGUACACCUACAGCUCAAAAGCGAAAAGAUCUGGAGCUACUCAAAAAAGCCACAGGACUACAAUGA